CCUUCUUUCUCCCCUCUCUUUCUCUCUCUCUCUCUCUACUUGAGGGAAUUUCUUUUUUUCUUUUUUUUUUUCUUUUUAUUUUUUUGAAUUCAAAGGAGAGAGAAACAUAGAGAGAGAAAGAUAGAGUGAAAGAGAAAGCUCAGCUUCAGAAAACAAUGGCAGAAUAGCAGUAGUAGCAGCAGCAGCAGCAGCAACAGAGUUGCAGCAGCAGGAACAAGCUUUUUGAGUGAAAAAGGAAACAAAAAAAAAGAUAAGGAGAAUAUGAGCGAGUGAAGUGAAGCUACGCCAACUCUUAAUCCCCAUCUUCUCAUCUCUUUGAUCUCGACAACUUUGUGUUAGGUGAAACGUUGAGAAAAACAAGUUUUACUUGUAAAACAUUUCACUUUUGUCUCCAUAACCAGCAAAAAAAAGCAACAAUCUUAGUUGGUGGGUGCCGAAACUUUUCAUCUUUCUCUCCAUGGAUUCUUAUGAAGCUUCAAGAAUUGUGUUCUCUAGGAUCCAAAAUUUGGACCCUGAAAAUGCUUCUAAAAUCAUGGGUCUUCUUCUUAUUCAAGACCAUGGAGAAAAAGAGAUGAUUAGAUUGGCUUUUGGUCCCGAAGCUCUUCUUCAUUCUGUAAUUCUUAAAGCUAAGAAGGAUUUGAGUCUUCCGGCCGUUAACUCACCGUCGACUCCUUCGACGCCGAGUUCUUCGCCUUCUCCGUUUGCUCUUUCGACGAAUCCUAUUUCUAUUUCGAGGCAGAGUUCUUCUUCUUCUCGGUUGGGGAUUAGUCUUCCUCUUUCACUUACUAUUCCUAGCCCUUCUUCUUCCAGUUCAGUUUCUUGGGCUGCUGGUUUUUCCUCUGACCUUCAAACUUCUGAUGACCAUUUAAUUAGUCCUGGGAAUUUACCACUUGGCUCGUCUUGUUUUGCUGCUGGAGGAGCUCCGGCAAGUGAUAUGAUCGAUGAAUUUCAGCUUCAGGACCAGCUUUCCUUCCUCAACGACGGCUCUCCGACAAUCGGCGUUAAGAACGCCGACUUGUUUUUCCCGCCGGCGGAUUUAUCGUCAAGCCCCACCGGUGGAGGAUUUGGGUCCUACGGUGGAGAUGCCACUUGGGGUGGAGGGCCGGUUCAUCGCCGGAGCUGCUCUGUGAACGACGCGUGCUUAGGAACAGAGGAUUUGAAUUGUGGGUUGGGUUGGAAGCCUUGUCUUUACUUCGCCAGAGGGUUUUGUAAGAAUGGAACAAGUUGCCGGUUUCUCCACGGCGGACUUGGGGAUUCCGACGUCAGCGCCGCCGCCGUUGGCUCGCCGAGUAAGAUCGAUGUGAUGGAGCAGUGUCAUGAACUUCUCAGAUCCAAAUCUUCUGCACAACAACGCCUCGCCGCUGCUUCUCAGCUUAUGGCUUCAGCUAAUUCCUUCCCUUACUCUCCAAAAUCUAUCAACUUCCUUCUCCAACAGCAACAAAACGAUUCCCAAAGAGCUGCCGCCGCCGCCGCCGCCGCCGCCGCAGCGUUAAUGAUGGGGGAAGAUCUACACAAAUUCAGUCGGUCCAGUCGACUUGAACGAAACGAAUUCUCGUUGAACGGCAGCGCCGGUAUCAUCAAUCCGGCGUCAAGACAGAUCUACUUGACUUUCCCAGCUGAUAGCACCUUCAAAGAAGAAGAUGUAUCGAAUUAUUUCAGCAUGUACGGUCCAGUUCAAGAUGUGAGAAUCCCAUAUCAACAGAAGAGAAUGUUUGGAUUUGUUACUUUUGUUUAUCCUGAAACAGUGAAGCUCAUUUUGGCUAAAGGGAAUCCUCAUUUUGUUUGUGAUGCUCGUGUUCUUGUUAAACCUUACAAGGAGAAAGGCAAAGUCCCAGACAAGUACAGGAAACAGCAACAAAUCGAUAGAGAUUUCUCCCCUUGUGGAACUCCAACUGGUUUAGAUUCAAGAGAACUUUAUGAUCAUCUUCAACUUGGGUCGAGAAUGUUUUAUAAUUCUCACCAAGAUCUGUUAUGGCGAAGGAAAUUGGAAGAACAACAAGCUGAUCUUCAAACGCUUGAUCUUCAAAGUCGACGCCUUUUGAAUCUGCAGCUUCUUGAUGUGAAGAAGAAUCAGCUUCCCCAUCACCACCACCGUGCUCUUUCCACCGGUAGCCCAAUUCCUUCCCCGACGCAUUCUCCGAACCCGUUGUUUGCUCAAAAUCUCAUCUUCCCCAGCAUUCGAAGCAGUGGCAGUAAUAGCACCUCGGAUAUCCUGAGAGAGAAUGGCGCUACGCCUGUGCGAACACCUCCGCCUGUUUCGGUCAUGGCGUCAUCGACUGAUAUGCCCCGACAGCCAUCACCAGUCGAUAAUGGAGCCUCAGCAACAAUUGGACUGAAUGGGAACGACAAGGAGAGAUCUCAGAUCGAUGACAGUGAUUUACUUGAAUGUUUUGAACACAAUCUCCCUGAUAGUCCUUUCGCAUCUCCUGCAAAAGCCACGGGCGACUACACAACCAACUUCUCCGACAUAGCAGCGGUGGGGGAAGCAGCAACCGACUCCGAUGACGCAUCAUCCUCAAUUCUCACAUCAACUUCCUCUUUGGAAGUAGCAACAUCCUUCAAAUCCUUCAAUUGCCAGAUACCAAGGUUCCCAUCCGGCCACAGCCCCAUCGGAAUGUAUGCAGGAACGGGCGGGCCGACAUGUCCAGUGGGAAUUUAGCAUCCAAAGCAACAGCAGCAGGUACUGUUUGUUGAAAUGAUUUCCCCAUUGAAAAAAAAAAAAAAAAGCAAAUGGGGGUGUUUUAACAAUCAUGUUUGGUCAAUUCCAGGAAGGAAAUAAAUAUUAAAAAAAAAAGAAAAGAAAAAAAAAAGUGAUUUAACCAAAACAGAGAAGUACUAUAUGAAAAAAAAACAAUAUCUAUAGAGAAUCAGCAGAAGAAGCAGAAGCAGUAGCUCCACAAAGGCUCCAUCAUCAACAGUACAAAGAGGGAAAAAAAAAAAAGAGAAGCAUAUAUAUAAGAGGAAAGAAAUGGGGUCACCCGUUUUUUUUAUUAUCAUUGUUUUUAAUUUUUCUUCUUUGAUGUUAAUUGUUGUUGUUGUAGUAGAAGAGAGCAGUAGGUCAAAACCCAUCUUCUAUCUCUUUUAGUGUUAAAAAAAUUUGAAUAUAUAGGUUUAAGUAAAAAAAAAAAGGGAACACACAGAAAGAAAGAAGUUUUUUUUUUCUUUUUUUUUU